AUGGAAUGCUGCAUAAUCUCCAGGCUCAAGGCCCAGCCCAUAUGGUUCGCGCUGCUCUUUCUUGUCGGAUUAUUAACUGUUCUCAAACUGGUUUUCGUGGUUGUCAGAUGGGUCUAUGUUAAUUUCCUCAGACCACCCAAAAACCUUAGAAAGUACGGAUCUUGGGCUCUCGUCACUGGACCCACUGACGGCAUUGGAAAGAGUUUUGCUUUCGAGCUCGCACGCAAAGGCCUCAACCUCGUACUUGUCGGUCGGAACCCCGACAAGCUCAAAGACGUGUCGGAUUCGAUCGUGGCCAAGUUCGGAAAAACCGAGGUCAGGACUGUGGUGGUCGAUUUCUCGGGGGAUCUGGACGAGGGUGUGGCCAAGAUUGGCGAAGCGAUUGAAGGGUUGGACGUUGGAGUGCUGGUUAACAAUGUGGGAGUUUCGUACCCUUACGCCAGGUUCUUCCAUGAAGUUGACGAGGGGCUUCUCAAUAAUCUUAUUAAGGUUAACGUUGUUGGAACCACCAAGGUUACGCAGGCAGUUCUGCCGGGGAUGCUGAAGAGAAAAAGAGGAGCUAUUGUUAACAUUGGUUCUGGUGCUGCUAUUGUUAUUCCUUCUGAUCCCCUUUAUGCUGUUUAUGCCGCCACCAAAGCGUACAUCGAUCAGUUUUCCAGAUGUCUCUAUGUUGAAUACAAGAAGAGUGGAAUUGAUGUUCAGUGUCAGGUUCCAUUGUAUGUGGCAACCAAGAUGGCAUCAAUCAGGAGAUCUUCAUUCUUUGUUCCAUCAACGGAUGGCUAUGCCAAAGCCGGUGUGCGAUGGAUCGGGUACGAGCCGCGGUGCACGCCGUACUGGCCACAUACUCUCCUCUGGGCGGUGGCGAGCUCAUUGCCUGAGUUUGUUGUUGAUGCUUGGCGCCUGUGGUUCUGCUUGGGUAUUAGAAAGAGGGGACAGCGCAAAGAUUCCAUGAAGAAGGAGUAG